GGGAGGGAUCUUGAGUGCUGUCGCACAACUACGGCAGACUACAGGCUGUACUUUGCGACUUGCGCUGUGUGAGUUAGGUAGCAGCGGAGGGUCUACCUGAGGAGACUCAAAAAUAGCCCUCAAAGGCGAUUAGGUAUGACGGAUACUGACGGAGGGGCUCCGCGGGAGGACUGUACGUAGAGAUGAGGAUUCCUCCGGUGUGGGCGCUCGGCGCUUGCCAGACUGGGUGAAGUGAGAAGUGAGAAGGGAAACCUGCUGAGAAAAAAACACCGCCUGGGACUGCUGAGGAGGACCUCUGUGCAGGUUCACACGGCCGUCGGCAGCGUGGAGCUUUCUGACCCAUGGAGAAUUAUUUCCAGGCCGAGGCCUUCAACCUGGACAAGGUGCUGGACGAGUUUGAGCAGAACGAAGAUGAGACGGACAAUCCCAUUCUCUCGGACGCCAAGUGGACCCAGAUCCUGGCCCCCCCGGCCCACCUGCUCUCUCUGAACCCUGCCCUGGCCCACGCAGACCUCAGCCCCGGGGAGAGUCCGCUGCCCUUCAAAACCCUCCCCAACUCCUCCUCCAGCACCUCCCCAGGGGGAAACCCCAAAAGACAUCCAGGUCUAGAACCUCCAUCCUGGGUAGAGGAGAGGCCGGCAGACGUCCACAGCCCUCCCCUCCCCCAGCCCAACAUCGGCAAACUGGUGGGCACCGACGACCUCUCGCCGCCCCCGGUGACGGCCUGCACUGCUGUGGAGAAUGGCUGCCCUGCAAGCCCAGCACUGGGUGGGCUCAGCACGAAGAUACACUCUCCUUCAGACAGAUACCCUGGGGAUUCUGAUCAGGAACCGCAUCACGAGGAAAGAGCCAACUCAGCAUCAGGAGGAAGCUCCACUGUCGGUCACACUCACUUCACGUUUGAGGUUGGAUCAGAAACAGAAACUAAAAUAAAUCCCAAUGUGCAACUAACAACACAAAAUGGGGAAGAUGUCCAACAGAAGGCCCGUACAGCUGUUUCACAGGACAAUGGUCAGGAAAAACAGACUGCAAACCUUAAUGAGGAGUCUGUAGAGAGUCUCCUGCAUAGAGAAAAAGACAUGCGGAGUGAUUGUAAGGUGGAGGAGAAUGGUGUUUCUCCUCCUGACAGGAACGGAGUGGAGCAGAAGCAGAGGAGAUGUGGUCCAAAGGGACAGACAGACCAACUCCUCAGAAUACCAAGCCUUCCCAAUGGUUUGGAGCAGGAGAGCAGUAACCAUUCCAAACCAGAGGAGACAGAGGAGGAGCAGGAGGAGGGGUUUUCUCCCUCUCCUGUCCCCUCCAAAGAGGACUCCAUCACUGAGGAGAAAGAAAUGGAGGAAAGUAAGCAAGAGAGCAGUGAUGGAGCAGCAGUGGGGUCCGGUAGCAUCCAACCAAAACUCAACAAUCGGCUGCAGCCGGUCAGUGUUCCCUUCGGAGGAGCGCGGCCAAAACAGCCGGUCAACCUCAAGCUCCAAAUCCCACAGCCUCUGUCGGGCCAGGUCCAGAAUCAGCUCGGCCAGCCCGCCACCAGCAGGAACAAAAACCAGGAGAACCAGUGUCGUAGAGGCACGCCCUCUGAAGCUACUCCCAGUGGGACUGAGCCCAGUUUAGUGGGGGUGAACGGAGAUGGUGUUGUCCACUCUCCUGCCCCGAUGCCCUCAGAGAGCCCGGACAAUGACCUCCAGGCCGGCCAGCAGGGCACCCUGUGCCGGAAACCUGCCAGCUCCCUGGGUGAGGUGGCCCCUGUGUGGGUCCCCGACUCCCAGGCCCCUGUCUGUAUGAAAUGUGAUGUCAAGUUCACCUUCACCAAGAGGAGGCACCACUGCAGGGCCUGCGGCAAGGUGUUCUGUGCGACGUGCUGCAGCCUGAAGUGCAGGCUCACGUACAUGGACAGGAAGGAGGCUCGCGUCUGUGUCACCUGUCAUUCUGCUCUGACCAGUGCUCCACCAUGGGAGACGCCGGCCACUGCAAGCAACCACAGUCCGAACCCCAACAACCCAGCAGAGUACUGCUCCACCAUCCCCCCCCUGCAGCAGGCCCAGGCCUCGGGGGUCCUCAGCUCCCCUCCGCCUACCGUCAUGGUGCCUGUGGGAGUCCUGAAACCAGCCGGCAACGAGGGGACCAUGACGCGGGAGCAAAGGAGGGUGUGGUUCGCUGAUGGACUGCUACCUAACGGAGACGCAUCAGAGUCCCCAAAACCUCCAACCUCCAGUCCGGCCCCCUCCCACUCCCUGGCCAUCUCCACGUACUCAAACAAAUCCUCCCCUCCUGAACACUCAGAGGCCGCUCACACCCCUGUUGCCCCAGUGGGCAGCCCUGUUGGCAGCUCGCUCAGCCUGAUCCCGGAGGACGGGCUCCCUCCCAUCCUCAUCUCCACCGGAGUCAAAGGAGGUACGGGAGGCCACAUCACAGACUAUGCAGUGGAGGAGAGGCCGUCAGAGAUCGUCCUCAUGCAGCAGCUGGAGGAGGGAGGCCCCGACCCCCUGGUCUUCGUGCUCAACGCUAACCUGCUCGCCAUGGUCAAGCUAGUCAACUAUGUAAACAGGAAGUGCUGGUACGUGACGACGAAGGGCAUGCACGCAGUCGGCCAAGCUGAGGUGGUCAUUCUGCUCCAGUGUCUACCGGACGAGAAGACGAUCCCGAAAGAUGUCUUCACACACUUUGUGCAGCUCUACCAGGAGGCCCUCAGUGGUGAGAACACAACCAAAAGUUCCACCAGGAGCCCCACUGUAAAACUAGUUCACCUGCACGGCAACGUGCUGAGCCACCUGAGUCACUCGUUCUUCACGCAGAGCUUCCUGGGCAGUAAGGAGCACGGCGGCUUCCUCUACAUCAGCCCCUCCUUCCAGUCGCUGCAGGACCUGCUGCUGCCCAACCCGCCCUACCUCUUCGGCAUCCUCAUACAGAAGUGGGAGACGCCCUGGGCCAAGGUCUUCCCCAUCCGCCUCAUGCUGCGGCUGGGCGCAGAGUACCGAUUCUAUCCCUGUCCGCUGUUCAGUGUGCGCUUCAGAAAGCCGCUCUUCGGAGAGACCGGUCACACCAUCAUGAAUCUGCUCGCAGACUUCCGGAACUACCAGUACACGCUGCCGGUGGUGAAGGGUCUGGUUGUGGACAUGGAGGUGAGGAAGACGAGCAUCAAGGUCCCCAGUAACCGUUACAAUGAGCUGAUGAAGGCCAUGAAUAAGUCCAACGAGCACGUGCUGGCCAUGGGGGCGUGUUUCAACGACCGGGCCGACUCCCACCUGGUGUGUGUCCAGAACGAUGAUGGCAACUACCAAACGCAGGCCAUCAGCAUCCAUCACCAGCCCCGCAAAGUUACUGGAGCCUGCUUCUUUGUGUUCAGCGGCGCUUUGAAAGCCUCGUCGGGCUUCUUAGCCAAAACCAGCAUUGUGGAAGACGGUGUAAUGAUCCAGAUCACAGCGGAGACAAUGGACUCUCUACGGCAAGCCCUGAGGGACAUGAAGGACUUCACCAUCACCUGUGGGAAAGCGGACCAGGAGGAGAACCAGGAGCUGGUCCACAUCCAGUGGACGGAGGACGACCACAACUUCAACAAGGGGGUCAUCAGUCCGAUCGACGGGAAGUCCAUGGAGUCCAUCACCAGCGUCAAGAUCUUCCACGGCUCCGAGUUCAAAGCCAACGGAAAAGUCAUCCGCUGGACAGAGGUGUUUUUCCUCCAGAGUGAAGACCAGCCCAGCAGUCUGAGCGACCCGGCCGACCACAGCCGACUGAUGGAGAACGUGGCGAGAGCGUUCUGCGUGGCGCUGUGUCCCCACCUGAAGCUGCUGAAGGAGGACGGCAUGGCCAAACUGGGCCUCAGGGUCACGCUGGACUCGGACCAGGUGGGCUACCUGGCAGGAAGUAACGGGCAGCCCCUCCUCCCUCAGUACCUGAGCGACCUGGACAGCGCUCUGAUCCCCGUCAUCCACAGCGGGGCCUGUCAGCUGAGCGAGGGCCCCGUCGUCAUGGAGCUCGUCUUCUACAUCCUGGAGAUCAUCUCCUAGGAGCUUCGCCUCCAAACACCGUUUGCUUUCUGACGUCAUCUCCCCCUCACCUCCCCUCCAGCCGUUUGCACUUCACAAGAGCCCGGAAACUGUGGCGUGCCGGCGGGGUAGCAUCAUCACGUCAAACCUAUGCAUCCAGCCGCCAGGUUCCUGCUCCAGGGGCCGCCCGGGGCCCGAGGAAGCUCCCAGCAGGAUCGCCUGAACCUCAGCUGACAGGAACCCUGAUCUCUGCUGGUCCUGUGAGGCGCUGAGCAGGAAACACGCACCGGGGGUCGGACUGACGACCACAGUGUGUCACAGCGCCCUGAAGAGUAUCACCCCCCCCGGAAGGAUUUAAUGGCGUAUUGAUUUACAUCAUUAAAUAGAUGUGAUGUGGCUUCUUUUACACUGAUUAACAGAAAAAUACAAUCAGUACUGACCUCUAGAGAAUCAUCAUCAGUCAUUUAAUCAGCCAACCUUAUUUAUGAUGAGUCAAUUACAAAAACAAAGGAAAAUAGUAAACCAUAAAGAGAUCUAAUAAAACAGAAGCAAUACCAUUACAAGUAUUAAGCAAAUUAACUUUCCCUUACAGUAUUAUUAAUGAUCCUAACUGAGAUGUAUAAUAAAAGGUAUGUAAUAGGCCUUAUAUUUGUUACAAAUACGGUCAUUUGAGAAGUAAACAUUGGGAGCUUUUAGAAUGUUUAUCCUGGAGUCUGGUCUGAUUAAACAGAAGUUGUCUCAAGUUCAGACCUAGCUUCACUUCUGCUGCACUUUAUUGUUAUUAUAUUUCGCUUAGCCUCACAUCUUCUGUCAGAGGUGCAGAAAAUAAGGACUUGCCAGACUGAUUAUUUAUGAUGACUCUGUUCUGUUGGUCAGUGAAGAAACAAAAGCCACUUUAGAUGUUUUCUGAAGUUGUACAACAAUGAUUUCCAGGAGGGUGGAUACUUCACAGGCUGUGUUUGUAGCUCACGUCACGGUAACGUCACUGUGGCUCCUGAAGCUGUGUGUAGCACGGAGACUCGUAUCCACUGCUGAACAACACCGGACUUUUCCUUUUGCAGCAACGUUAAAACAAAGAACUCUUUAAACGGUCCGAUGAGGAGUUCAGAGGUGUGUCUGUGUGGUGGUUGUUAUUUUCUGUUUUGCACCGUGGUGCUCAGUGCCUGCAGCAGCGAUCGUUUAGCUUCACCUCUGUAAGCUUUAUCAGCGAACACCAGAGGCUUCACUUCAGUCACCUGUUGGAAAUGAUUUUGUAAGCGGCAUCCUAACUGCAUCUGUAGCCUCCAGAGAUGAAGACAGAACUACUAAAGAGAAAGCCCUUAGAGCAGACGGCUGAUUCAAAGGAAUAAAAUAAAGCUUUAUUGACAAACUGGAUCUGAACAUAAAGCUGAAGAAGGAAAUCAGAUUUAAAUCUCAUCAAUCAUCAGUGCUCGUUGUUUGUCCGCCACUCGUUGAAGAUGUAAAGUUAUAUUAACGGUAUAUAUAUAUAAAUAAAUAUAUAUAAGAACUGUAUUAAAUUGCAGAAGCAGUGCACUGGAUUCUAAGCCAUUAACAGGAGAGCCAGAGCGAUGCCGUUGUGUCCUGAAAGACGUUUUUAUUUUCCAAUGGCAGAAGAGAAAAGUGUUAUUAAAGAUCCUGCAGAAACAAAGAAUUGGAUUGGACCUGAAGCUGAAUGUAUUUCGUCUCUGCAACGUAUCAUCCUUCCAAAAUCCAGAAACCAAGAACAUCCCACUAAAGACUUUUUCAAAAACGUUUCGUAGGAACCCUGCAGAUUGUGUGUCGACACACAGGUCUGCUCUGGACUGCGCUCUCCUGCAGCAUCAUGGACCUGGGAAAAAUUAAAGAAUGUAUUCCUCCUGUUUCUGUUAAAAAUCUGCAACAUGUCUUUUGUUUCUGGCUAGACUAAUCACCAAAAACCACCGUGUCAUGUCCAAAUGCUCUGUACAGUUUAUCUAUCAUUCUGCAUUAUGGCAAUUCCUCCAGUUUUAAAUCAUGCUAAUAUAAAACCAGAAGGGGCUACUCAAAAAAUGCUGUUUGGUAAUACAGUUUUUAAAGCAAAAAGUCGUCAUCAUAAGUGAGAAUCAGACAAUCACAUGGAAAUCUGCAGACGAGCCUUCUGAAUUAGACCCGUAGCAAUUAGUUUAUCUCUCAAUUUGAAGUAUUUUAGGAGCUCCUGUAGCAGAGUAACGUUAGCUCACUGGUUCUGGGUUUAUUACUGUGAUCAUACCCGAGCUGGUGCAUCUCAAUCACUGUGUCUUCACUGUGUGACGUUCAUCUGACGAGGAGACAUGAGGAUCUCAUUUCUCUGACCUUCUGUUUUCUGUUCUGUUACCGUUUUCUGACGUGUGCAAUAUGUCCUGAAUCCAAAAGAAAAAAGGUGCAAUUUGUUUGACUGAAAAAGUAGCAUUUUGUUUUUUUAUUCAGUUGUAAGAUGUUACUCUCUAAAUUAUAACACUGCAUGCAAACGAGCUUGAAACAGUGAAGAGAGAAAAUCUACUUUGCGUUUUGACAGUUUUUCGUUUGUGGAUGAAACAACACAAUGAAUCCACUCCUUCAUAAACUGGGUUUUGGUAAAACAUCUUUUUUUUUUUAAAUAAGCAUAAGUCAAAAAUGUUUGAAAAGCCAAAAACCCUGUGCAUCUUCUGUUUCUUUUCACUACAAAUGUCAAGAAAAGUGGUCUUUAUGAAACAACUGUAGUAUAUGUAAAAUAAAAACUUAUAGAAAAUUGAAA